AUGGCGACCCCUGCGAGUCCCAUAAUGGGCUAUGGAUGGCGCUCGUCCCGGUCCUUGAUCAUAGGGACGGCAUGUCUGGCUUUGUUGACUGAGGUGUUGCUCUAUGGCUUCGUGGUUCCGAUCUUGCCUUAUAUGCUCGAAGUUCGUUUGCGGCAGGAUCCGGCUUUGACACAACAAUUGACAACGUCGUUGCUGGGAAUUCAUGGCUUCGCUACACUCUUAUCAGCUCCUAUUCUGGCCCAUUUCAUUGAUAAGACAUCGAAUCGACGAUCUCCACUUCUUGUUUCUCUCUCGGUCGCGUUGGGAGGAACUAUUCUUGUUGCUGCCACGCCGACCUAUUGGGCUCUGACCCUGGGUCGAGUUAUUCAAGGUAUCGCAGGAGCGGCAGCAUGGAUUGUGUGUCUUGCCAUAUUGACCGAGAAUGCCGGAGAGGGAAAUGUCGGGAAGAUGAUGGGACUAAGCAUGUCUGUCGUUAUGACUGGCACUGUUGGAGGCCCGGCACUAUCAGGGGCAUUACUAGAGCUGGCUGGGUACUGGCCUGCUUGGUACCUGCCGAUAGGGGUUCUCAUCUUCAAUAUUUUCGUAUGGUUGAUCUUGAUUGAACCACAAGGAUCACACUCAGACAAGUCUGCUGAGGCGAACGGAGAUGACAUAAGUACUGCAGAGAUCAACAACUCUGAAGCCUCUCCACUGCUUUCACCAAUCGUCAAAACUCACUCCAAGGACGGUGAUGCCCAGCAGACACCUCCACCAUCCAACUUCUACUUUAUAAUGGCCUCCGACCCCCGCGUCAUAGUCAGUUUCGCAAAUGUCUUUAUCAGCUCUGUACUCACUGCUGCGUUGAAUACCACCUUGCCUGUUCACCUUCGCCAAAUCUUUGGAUGGGGACCUUUGGACGUGGGGACCAUGUUCCUACUACUUCGUGUCCCAGCAAUUGUCCUUGGUCCUUUCUCAGGCUGGCUUCGAGAUCUCGUCGGUCUGCGAUACCCUACUACGAUUGGAUGGGUUCUCCUAAGCCCUCUGUUUGUGAUCAUGGGUCUUCCUGGCAAUGGCAUGUCCUGGGCCAGUGGUGAAGACCAUGGAAAACCUAUCUUUGUUUUUUCAAUGAUUGGCAUUGGAAUGAUGUUACCCUUGAUUCAGGGAUCGGGGAUGUUGCAUGCACUGACAAUCUUGGAGGAGUUUGAGUCAAAACAGCGCAACAUUUUUGGUGCCCAUGGUGGACGUUCGAGAGUUUUUGCAAUGACCGAGAUCUCAUUCAAUCUCGGUCUUAUGCUAGGGCCGCUGUUAGCAGGACUUGUCUCAGAGAAUUCUGGCUUUGAUGUUAUGAGUAUGACGUUAGCUUCUCUCUGCUUGGUCAUUGCCCUGUUAACCCAUCGGUUUUUUGUGUCGGGACGUCAGCCGACAGAGGGUGGUACUUCGGCAUGA